CAAGUAAAAGUGCUCAAACUGGCCAACGCAAACUCCUCGAUCCUGCGUGCAAUGUUCGGUGGACCAUUCGCGAUGGGCGGCAAUGGCUUCGGUGGCUUGCCCAUGGGCAUGCCCGUGAUCGUGCGCGAUUUGCGAGCGGAUAGGUCACAGCCGCCCAGGGAGGUGACGGUGAGAGUUGGCGGCAUCCCGAUCCAUGGCCUGGGCAUGGGCCCUUUCGGGCCAUUUCCGGGUCUCGACGACGGGCUCAUCACCCAAACGAUACAUGAGGCGCUGCAGCAGGACAGCUUGCCAGUGGGGGACGCAAACGCCACCCUGGAGCUCUACCACAACACCAGCCCGGACAGAGCCGAGGCGAUCGUGCAGUCGCAGCGCAUGUAUCGCGGAUCCAACGGCCUGGCUGGUGGAGGCAUCUACUUUGCGGAGAGUGAGGCUGAGGCCAGGAGGAAGGCCCACAACCACGGGGCCAUGCUGAGCGCCACGGUGCGCGUGGGGAAGGUCAAGGUGGUGCACCGCUCCGCGGAUGCCAGCUACUUGCAGCUGCGCAGUGAGGGCUACGACUCGGUGAAGAUCCUGGGCCGGGACUCCGGCGCCGAGUACGUGGUUUACAACUACGACCAGGUCACAAACAUCCGGCGAGUGUGAGUCACUGAGCGGUUUUCCGGGCUAAUGAGAGCACCUGAGCUUGACUUUUCUGGAUGUCCCUGCCCGGACCUCGAAUCCUCCGGGCUUGGGCGUUGUGCAGGCUUGAUUUUGGGAGCCAGACUCCGCACUUUGCAACCAGCAGUCCAAGCAAGACUUGUGGCAGGACUUCGGAGCAAAAA